UCACACACACACACACACGCACACGUCUAUAGGUGAAUAUUUGUGUGUGUUUCUGGAUUGGGGACAGAGCUGCGUCUUGGCAGAGGAUGUUGUUAGCUGUAUACAGCCAUAAAAGACAAUUACCGCUAUAACCUUUUAUGGGGUGCAAAGCGCCGCGAGGCGAGAGGACACAAAACAAAAAAAAGAUAUCGAGGGUUCAGACAGCUGAAUCCCAAAAUAAUGCAGCUGAUGUGUUUCUGUACAACUCAGAUAUGACAAGGCCGCAGAGCCCAAAGCUCCGUCAUCGGCCGGAAAUCUGCUAAAAAGCAAUUUAUUUAUAUAUAAGAUUUUAUUAAGAAUUAAUGUGAAAUAUAAUAUUGGGUUUAACAUGUAACCUGACCUCAAAUAGUUUAUUAAAAAGGGGUUUUGGAGAAGAGGUCCCGUCUUAAAUCAUGGCCUCUGCGUCUGUAUGGGUGGUUCAAGUCUCUGCAUGUUGGAGAAAAUAUUUGGCACAAAGACAGAAUAGAAAAUCCAACGUGGGCUAGCUGCGGAGUUGCUAUGUCUGAUGGUGGAUCAGGACCAGGCACGGAUCUGCCACAUACACCAGGUCACUUAGUUCUUUUUAAGAGCUGCACAGAAACGGAUAGAUUAUUGUAGUUAGAAGGUAAGACGGACUUUAGUCUCACUGGAGUGCUGUUGUGACGCGUUAGGGGACGCAGAUGGACCCAAACUUCAAAGGCUCGACCAGAGACAGUGCAAUAAAACGCCUGGUCUGCUAUACUGUCUGGCAUUCCAGUUUUAAUGGCUUUAUGGCUGUCCAGACACAAUUAGGCCGUUUCCAGAAUGGCACCCAUUUGUUUUUUCUUCUCUUUCUGUGAGACUGCGCUCUGGACAAAAGGCCGAGCGGAAAUGAUCAGCUUUAUUGGAUUCUCCCCGACGGGGACGCGCAGGACUCACGGUCAUUUGGACAGAUCUUUUGUUUCUACCUGGGAACCUUCCGCCCUCUGCUCUUUUGCUGGGCCUGUCCUAAAGUGGAUGGAGCAAUAAAGCCAACAGCUAGUUUCUAACACGCUCGUAGGCUUACAGAUUGUUUUCUUUCCAAAACAGGCCUACAUCUGGACAGGUCUAAAUCCAUCAGCUCUUUGCUUAAAAUCACAGCAGCAGAAGAAACACAACGUUACCCUUUAGCGCCACUUCUUUGACUUUUAGCUUGCAUUUUUUUUAGUCUCGAAAUGCAGUAUUAAGAAAAGAAAAGAACAAAAAAACAUUUCAGACUGCGUCCCCACCCUGCAGCCACCAGAGGGUGGCGACACUGUUCCAUAACACCAACCUACCACUUUUAACACUCCCCCUUAAUGAACCUGCACUGGGGAACAAACUGUAGUAACAUUUUAAGAGUCCGGCAAAAUAAUUUCACACCUUUUUACAGUCUCAUUGCAGAAGCUGCUUCUGCAGCCUGCGGCUCUGCUGGCAAGAACUAAAGUGCCAGCGCGCAGAGACUGUUGGACUCUGUUGGAGUGUUGCUGUUAACGCUCAGAUAGUUGCUCUUUGCUCAGUGUUUGUUGACUUUAUAGAGACAAAACAUUUUAAAGGUUUUUAACUUUCUUAAUGGCGGUGUUAUUGAGGCUAACAUGAAAUAUGAUAUCUCCUCAUUGUAGAUUGUUUAUAAUUUCAUGUCCUGCUGAAGACAAUCCACUGGUCGAGCUACACAAUUAUAAUUCUAGUAAUUGCAUGUUCAUAAAUCGUCUAAGAAAUUGAAAGUCCGUUAAAUAAUAACGAUAAUAAUAAUAAUAAUUAUAAUAAUUGUUGUUGUUGUUAUUGCUUGUGCAAGCACAAUAAUAAAAAUGUUUUAUUUACAUUUCUGUCAAAUUCACCACAUUAAUCCACACUAUUCAAAGCUGUUUUGUUCAAAGCUACCAGGAAAAAAAAUGUAUGUCUCCAUACAGCGUGGAUUAUUCACGCUAUAGAUACUGAUAUAUUUAAUAAAUACAUAAGUAUAAUAUCUUCUUUGACAUAAGGCUGUGUGAUAUUCUUAUUCUUAUUGUGAGAGGCAAGAAUAACCACCCAAAUAAAUUUCAAUUUAUAUGCUUUGAAAUUCAGUUUCUACUGGGAUAGGCCUGGUUAUUUUUUAUAGACAUUAGAUAUUUUAACCAGUUGUUAUGUGUUGUGUAUUUGUGUUAUUGAGUGAGUGCAGCUUAUCGUGGUAACCAGUAAGUCGGUAAAAAUAUUACACGAAGACACAUGCAGUUAAAAAAACAAAGCUUUUUGAUCGACUAUUGUUUGUAAAGCGCCCGUAAAAAUAAGUGCUUUACAAUCAUGAUCUUAAAUUGCUUUUAGAUCAGUUGGAUUGUGUGAGUUGCUUUCGUUUGUGUGUUUAUGUGUGUGUAUGUGUUCUGUGUGGGAAGUGCUAAUCCCACUCUGCAGUCCUGCGCCAUAGUGAAUUCCAUGUCAGCCCGCUGAUUGGAUGAGAGCGGUCGGGCCCGUGUCACGUGGGUGAGUUCUUUGGUCCAGACUAAAAAUGGGGUUUGGUGUAAAUCUAGGGUGUAUUGCUGUCAUUUAUCACACUACCUCGUAAAAACGACACUGAGGAUUCCGGGCCAACAAAUCAGAGAGAAAAAAUAUGAGUUCUUAUUAUGUGGACGGUCUUCUUAGCAAAUAUACGGCGGGUAGUUCUCUCUUCCCAAACGUAGGGCGGGCGUCUUGCGGUAUUGGACCCAGUGGAGAGGACUAUGGCUCGGCUCGGACUGCUGCGGCCAUCUCUUUUGCACCUUCCUUGUCGAGAGUUUAUAGCGUCAAUAAUGUAGUGUACCAGAGCCACCCCAUGCUUACCUCGGGUUCUGGCCAGGACCAGGACGCACACAAUCUGCACUGCAGCCUGUUUGACCAGAGCCGCCUGUUCUCCGACAGCUGCUGCCAUCCGGAGCCGGGACCCCUAACCUCGCCGCCGGACAAACAAUACCGGAUGUACCCCUGGAUGAAAGCAUCAGAUCCAACCCGAAAGCGGGGAAGGCAGACCUACUCCCGGUACCAGACCCUGGAGCUGGAGAAGGAGUUCCACUUCAACCGCUACCUGACCCGCAGGCGGAGGAUCGAGAUAGCCCACGCCCUCUGCCUCUCAGAGAGACAGAUCAAAAUCUGGUUUCAGAACCGCAGGAUGAAGUGGAAGAAAGACCACAAGGAGGAACCGGUUUCGAGUCCCCUCGGGGAAAAGGAUGGUGACAUUCAGGCAGUGUCAGAGAGCAGAAAGCCCGAAGCUGGAGACACCCGGGGCGCCGGUUUGGCGUCAGAAACGGCUGCAAAAUAACGAAAGACGGACAGAGCAUUAAAAAUGAAAGGAACAGUGUGUGCCAGGGAUGUAUCUGAGAUGUUUGUCACGUAUCAUUUAUGCACUGAGCACUGUAGGCUGAAAAACUGAAUGACAACUGAAGGCAAUGAUGUAUUAAGUAUUUAACAGUAAGUUGUAAGUCUUUCAUAUUUAAAAAAAAGCAUAAAAAGCCUCCGCAUGACAUAGCUAUAUUAACUAUCUAUCCAAACAUUAUUUUUAUAUAUGAAACAAGGUAUGUUAUUUGACCUGAGCGCACUACUGAAGCAACAUUCCUCAACGAAAAACUACCUAAUAUUCACCUACUGAUAUUAAAACACUGACACAAGGGAUUCAGCGCACGUUGAAAAUAUUUUUUCCACAGACGGUUGUAUUUUCGAAAGCGAAUACAAAAUACAACACUCUGCACAAGUGUGCCUUAUUUUAAUUAAAGGCUAAUUAAAAGUGAAUGUUUUGUUAGUUAAAUACCUCCAGCUGUAAUUAAGGUGCUUCUGAUUUAAGUUAAAGUACCCUUUAAUUAAUUAUUAUUAUUAUCACUACUUAUCACUUAGGCCUAACAUGCCAGUUUUUGCCUUCUUAUUUACCCCAUCCAUCCCAGGGUGAACAGAAACAUUUGUUUGGUUUCGGAUGAACUUAUAUAACCUACCUCAGAUUUCCCAAAAAUUUAACCUUAACAUGAAUACCCAAACGUCCCUACAUGUCUUGAAGUCUCAGCCGUGUACCCUAACAUGUUCUAUUUCAUUUAGACAGAUUUUUCAGCCUUAAAAUUUCAUUCAUGUUUAUUUGAAUGCCAGAAGCAAAUGGAUGCACUUUUAUUUAGACCGAAUUAGAGUAUUAUUAAGUGUAAAACGAGUAGGCUACUGUAAUCUCAACUUGUGCAAAUACUGUGACGUAUUUAGGUUCAGUGCCCACGUUUUCAAUGUCAGUUUAAAAACUAAUAUGUGAACAAAUAAAUACAAGAAGUCUUAAACCUCUGCGAAUGUCUUGCAUAUGUAAACAAUAAUAUGAUACGUGAAUAAAAUAGCUUUUAUGCGUCUGUUUGCAUUCAA